CAUUCCAUCAAUCAAAAUGGCCGAUCUUAUGCACAUAGUGGACAAAUUACGUGAAGCCGCUGCGCAGGCUAAAAGGGAAUGUGACUCUCAGAUUGACCAGGCACUAACCCGUAUGUCCAAAAAAGCAAAGGAUAACAUAACUGCCCAAAGGGACAAACAGUUACAACUGCGUAAAAAGGCUAUAGACAAUGAAGACAAGGAACAAUUAGCCCAAAAGAAAGAGAUUGAAGUUAAUAUAAAGCAGUUUGAGAAUUUGAAAAGGUCGUUAAUCGGUUUAUUGGAAACCCAUCGCACCAAGCAGAAGGAAUUCAAUGAACGUAUCAAUGACCUAAUAACCAAAAACAACAGGAUAAAACUGAAGAAAGAUAAAGCCACAGCCGAUGAAAUGGCAGGACUCCGCAAUAAACUUGAUAAAAAACUAGCCCAGAAAGUUAACCAUUGCAAGUGUCUCAUGCUGAGGGAUGACGAAACCCUGGUGAAAAUACAUCACAUGCUCACAGGCCAUGAUACAUAACAUCUCAU